AUGGUUCGCACUCCUGAUUUCGCCCCUCCGGCUGCCGACUUGCCAGGCAAGCCCCCCGUGGCUCCAUGGAUUCCGCCUCGCCCCACCAGGGAGACGCACAACUUCGCUAAGCUCAAAUCCAUCGAUCUGUCCCUCAUGGACUCAGAUGAUCCAGCAGUAGUCGACGAACUCAUCAACAAGGUCAAGAUUGCCAUUCGCGACGACGGCUUUCUCUUUCUGGAGAAUUACGGCGUUUCCCUCGAACAGCUGCAUCGCCAAUUUUCGAUCGCGCAGUACUUGUACAAUAACAUCAGCGAGGAAGACAAGAGCCGCCUGCUCUUUGAUCCUGACACAGGCCGGUGGUCGGGCUAUAAGCACCCAUACGGCUUCAAGCGCCAUCUCGGCUUCCCAGACGGCAUUGAACAAUUCAACUGGUACCGGGAUGACUGGGAGGAUAUCAACCGUACGCCAAAGUGUCUUCAUCCCUUCAUGGACGAGAUCGAGGCCUUCUGCAACUACCUCACCCAGUCCGUCAAUCGCCGAUUGCUCGCCCUCUUUUCCCGUGUCCUGGAGCUUCCGGACGAUUACCUGUGGGACAAUGUCCAGUCUCACGGUGGUCCCACUGGCGAGGGGUACUUCCGACAUGCCCUCUUUCGACCGGUAGAAAAGAAGACCGAGGAGGCAUCCAAGGGCCUCCGCAUGCACGGCCACACCGACUUUGGUUUGACAACGCUGCUGUUCUCCGUUCCAAUUUCUUGUCUGCAGAUCUGGGGACGAGACGAGGAGUGGCAUUACGUCCCUUACAAGCCUGGCGCACUGGUGAUCAACAUCGGAGAAACGCUGGAGAUUGUGUCGGGCGGUCACUUCAAGGCAACUCGCCAUCGCGUCUACAAACCUCCCGCGGACCAGCUUCAUGAGGAGCGUCUCUCCCUCGUUCUUUUCAACAGCUCAGUUGGUGAACUGCGUAUGACUCCUGCUGCUUCUUCGCCCCUCAUCCAGCGCGAAGGCUGCAUCGAAGAGCAAGGUGUUUACAAGGAGUUCAAGAGCCGAAUGGUCAAGGGCAUGCCCGUUCCUACCAAUCGGCAGUGGCGUGAAAUCCACAUUGCCCAAGCCACGGACCCGACCGACACCGUGCGCAACCGAAUCGGAGCAGACCAGGUCCUCAUCAAUGGCAAGGUCAUGCAGCACCGCGAAUACAUGGGCGUCAAGGUCCUGCUCCCUGUGUGAUGCCUUCCUUGUCUUCUUUCCAUAAUACGUUUCUCAAU